AUGAAGUUCCUCCAAAAGCUUGCGGGUUAUCCCCGCCUGCUUUUGGCAGGGAACCCAUCGCGAAUUGACAUAGGCAUGCUGUUGACCGGCAUGGCCAGUGCGAUAGCAUCUGGUGUACCUUUCCCCAUCAUUGGAAUCGUUUUCGGCCAACUGCUCGAUAAUUUCAACUCCGUGACCUGUGACGAGACCAGCAGCACGAGCUCAGAGUCCGACUCUAGCUAUCAAAGCAGUAUCAAUAGCAAAAUCUUGUUGAUUUUUUAUCUGGCCAUUGCGCAAUUUGUCUUGAUCUAUGUGCACCUCACAUGCUGGACCAUGUAUGGUGCUCGCCUAUCGCAACGAUUGCGGGAAACCUAUCUUGAGAAUCUGCUUCGACAAGAGCCAUCCCAUUUUGACAAGUUGCCGCCAGGCGAGGUUGCCUCUCGGCUUAGCAGCGACAUCCAGACUAUCCGGUCGGGGACAUCCGAGAAAGUGGGCAUUGUGAUCAAUGCCAUAUCCUUCUUUGUUACAGCAUAUAUCGUCGCGUUCAUCAAAUACUGGGAGCUUGCGGCGAUCCUCCUCUCUCUGAUCCCCGCAUAUCUCUUGAUGUCAUUCGCUGGAAGCCACUUUAUCGAGAAGUACACCGGGCUGAUGUCUGAUUAUGCCGCCUCUGCCGCCACAAUUGCCUCAGAGGCCCUUUCCAACAUUGUUGUAGUGCAAGCCUUCGGUGCAAAUGCGCGACUGGAAGAGAAGUUUUCUCGCGCCUUGAAGAUGGCUGAGCGUGAAGGCUUGAAGAAGGCAGCGGCCGUUGGCACACAAUCCGGAGUUUUAUAUUUCAUAGCUUACAGUGCUAAUGGUCUAGCCUUUUGGCAAGGCAGUCAGCGUAUCGCUGAUGCGGUGAGCAGCGACUCCACGGAUGUUACUGUUGGCGCUACCUUUACUGUUAUUUUCAUCUUGAUCGAAGGUAAGCCAAGGUCUGCCAUCUCAGCUGAGGAUAUGAUCUAA